GAGAGAUUCAACGAGAACACCGGUUUUUCUAGAUCUGCUUGUGAACGAACUCCACGCGAGGAGGAUUAAUUACUGAAAGCGUCUAGAGAUUUUUCUGGGAAAUUUGCGUAAAAGCUGCUGCUAAUGGUUGAACAUGCUUGAAGGAGAUACCGGGUUUUCCAUCUGGCCAUCAAGUCUGUUUCUGUCAGAGUUUGUUCUAACUUUUCCAGACUUAUUCGCCAAUAAAACCUAUUUUGAGGUUGGUUCUGGAGUUGGUAUGGUCGGAAUUUUCCUUGCACAUGUAAAGGCUAAAAAGGUGAUACUAACAGACGGAGAUCUCUUAACUCUUGUUAACAUGAAACUUAAUUUAGAGAGAAAUCACAUAAACUAUGUUUCUUGCAUUUUGUUGCGGAAACUACAUUCACAUAAAGACACUCACUGGUGGUUCUUGGCCUUGUUGCUUUUGCAUGAUACCUUUUCUUCAUGACCAAUGUAUGAAGAAAAUAUAGUUUUGAAUCAUUGUAAUGGUCAAAAGUGUAAUGGUCAUCCUAGUUUUGUGGUCAUCAAUUGUAAUGGUCUUGAA